AUGAAGCAGACUAUUAUCAAAAUAGAAUCGAAGUUUGCUGGGGAAUCGUUUGGCACCGACAAUAUACGUACUGUAUACGCUGGAGAAGCUCGAGGUAAGCAUAAAAUUUGAUUUUUUGAACUUACAAACCGAGAUUUCAAAAAAAUUUAAAAAUUUUAAAAAUUUUAUUACAAAUGCAUUUAAAAAGUUUUAUUUUUCAAUAUCGAAAAUUUCAGACACAGAACGUCGGCCAGACCGUACAAUAAUCUUAGUAGGACCAAUUGGCGCAGGAAAGUCAUCGUUCAUUGACUUUCUAUGUAAUCACUUCUACGAUGCCAAAUUUGAUUCAAAUUUUCGAUACAAGAUAGCUGAUGAAAUUUUUGACAGUACGACGCCUAAGAAAGCAGUGACAAAGUAUGUGUUUAAUGCUACCAAAUUGUCGUAUCGACCAAUCAUCAUUGAUACUCCCGGCAUUGGUGAUCCACUGUAAGUCAGUUGAAAUUGAGUUUUACUUUUUAUAUUUGCUCUACCCCUAUGAAAAAUUAAAAAAUAUUUUCUUUUUUUCAAAUUUUUUCACCCGCCCUAAACUAAAAUUUCUUUUUUGUCCAACUGUUAAUCAGCCAAUCCUUUCAGCGGCCUAAAAGCGGACAGGGAGCUAGCCAAGCUCGUAACCGACUACUUAUCAGCCGCUUCAAAAGACAAAAUACAUGCUGUUGGACUAAUAUUGCCAUCGUAUAUGCAUACGAUUAAUCAACAAAUCGAUGAUGAUAUUCACUUGACUUUGUCAUUGUUUCCAGCUUGGAUGAAACAAAAUGUUGUGCCAAUCAUAACGUACUCUGACUUCAAAGAGUACGAUCCGAAUUUGCUGAAACAUUUUGGUCUUGAAGAUAACAGCAGGUUCUAUGUUAACAACGAGUAUCUUUUCAAGGCUAAACCAGGUAAUGUUUUAAUUUUUAUGACAAUACUGAUCUUAAAACCGUUUUUUAGACAAAAAUUUACAUUUUUUUGCAUUUUAAGCUUCGUUUUUUGUAAAAUACUUCAACUUUUGGUGGAUUUUACAACUUACAAGUUUAAAAAUCACAAAAAUUAAUAAUUUUUUUAAUUUUAUUUUUAAAAUUCGAUUGGAAAAACCGCAAAAACGUGACUGGAGGUAUGGGGAUUCGAACCCCAGACUUCUCGCAUGCAAAGCGAGCGCUCUACCCCUGAGCUAUACCCCCGCGUGUCUCUUCGGCUUUCGGGGACGCUUUUCCUUUUCUCGUUCGUGUUGAGGUCACUGCUAGUGUUUUUUCCGUUUACUGUUUUCAAAUAACAUGUGAAGUGACGUUUUGAAAUUAAGGUAUUUUGUUUAAAAAUACGUUUCCUUUAUUUUUUAAAAUUUAAAAACAAAUUUUUGCGACCUUCUUUGCCAGUUUGUUUGCAUAGCAUUAGCCGGUCAGCAUUUUUGUGGAAAAGCGACGAAAAUCGCCACAGGGGAAAAAGGGUAAGAAAUUGGGUAAAGUUUUUAAUUUUAAGGGUUUGCUCUAAAAAAUUGAUUAAAAAUAGGAAUUUUUAUGGGAUGUAAACAAUUUUUUAUGGUAAAAUACGUGCCUUUCAUAAAUGCAGAAAAAAGUUUGAAUUUUAAAAUUCAAAAAAAUGUCAUUUUGUAUUCAAAAUAAUAAGUCUGUUGCAUUUUCUGACCAACACAAAUUUACGCCUAAUAAUGUUUUACGAAAAGAAUUUUAAUGUGUUUUUUGUGAGUCAAUCUGUGCUUAUGGGAAAUGAAUAUUUUUGUUUCCUUUUUUGAUUUUUUCGAAUCGAAACGACUGAACAAAACUGAAACCUUGCGGUUUUUUGAUAUUAUUUUGAGGUUAGAUUGAAUAAGAAUUGAGUAAAAUUUUGAAUUAGUUGAGUUGUGGUGGGGCUAGGGCUGGAGCUGGCGAUAGAGCCAGAGCUAGAGAUUGAGCUAGAGCUAGAGCUUGAGCUAGAGCUUGAGCUAAAGCUGGAGCUAGAGCUACAUCUAGAAGAAUGACCUAGGGUAAGAAAUCUUACAUUUAAAUUAAUAUAACUAAGAACGUUUUUGAAAAUAUUGUUUUAAAUAAGAAAAACUAAUAUUGCAAGCCUCUUUUACAAGAUCAAAUUAAGAGUCAUCUCCAGACGCCAUUGCGUGCUUCUUAUUCAGAUUCAGCCGUUUCUUUUAUUAGCUUUAUUUUCAAACAGUUCCUCCGGCACGAACAAUUAGCUUUUGCGCAAAGAAAUCGUGUAGAUUACGACAUUUCUUGUUUACUAUUUAACUGUUUUACAUGACUACAUUACGAGUUUGUAAAAAAUAUAUUUUUAUGUUGUGUUAUACUACAAAAAAGCGAAGAAAAUAACUGAAGGCCUUUGAAUUCGUGUAAAAAGUCUUUUUUGAAGGAAAAAACAAGCCAGCGGGUUUUUUGAAGCGAAUAGAAUUCGAAAGAGAAGGCAGCCGGAACGUGUGGGGGUAUAGCUCAGGGGUAGAGCGCUCGCUUAGCAUGCGAGAGGGCUGGGGUUCAAUUCCCCAUACCUCCAGUAUCGACUUUUGGUGUUUUUUAGUAUAUUAUUAAUGGUAUUUUUUGUUAAUUAUCAUAGUGACUUGGGUAUAACUUUGUUUUUACUACAGCAGUUUAAGUAUACCUUGACUUUUAUUAAAGUAAUUUAUAUAUUUUAUCUUAUAGUAGGCCUUUCUCUAUAAUAAUAUAGCAGCAUAGUAAAUAAAACCGGCUAAUUUCAAAUUUUUAGCCAACUCAAUUCUAGCCGAAAAGGAACGAGUUGUUUGGAACCGUAACGAGCGUAGUAUCAUCGAAUUCUUACGCUACAUUGGCUCACUGCGGCCGCAAACAAUUGAACGUCGUCUGCCUUCUGAAUCCGAAGCCAAUCCGAAUCAGGACUACGAGGAGCGACGAGUUCGUGCAAGUCGUGUGAGUCAUAACAUCUUUUUGUUGUUUUUAUGUUUGUACGAUGGGCCGGCGUAUUGUGACUGUUUUUCGUUUUUUAUAUUGUGGCUUUGUACUGUUACUACAGUAAUUUAGUGGUGAGCAAAAUUUUGUAUAAUAGUUUUUUGUCAUAAGGUUUGGGUGAUAAGGUCAGGAUAAGGGCGUCAAUGUUUAGGCUUAUUGAACAUUUUAUUGGCUGAAGAAAGUGUUUUAGGCUUAUCCCACUAGGUGUAUGGUAUGAUGAGUAGGGUAGGGUAGGGUAGGGUAGGUAGGGUAGGGUAGGGUAGGGUGAUUUUUUAAAAUUUUUUAAAUAAUUUGUUUUAAUUUUAGGAGACAAUAACAUAUUUCUUGGAAACAGAUGAAGUAAAGCAAAUUCGUGAAGAAUUUACUGAGAAAUCGGGUAGUCAAGGCUUUGAUACGUCUCAUAAAGCUGCUACAUCGACUGUUUUUACUAUUCCAGUAAGUUCUGCUCUCCUCUCCAAAUUACGGUACGGUAUUUGCUACGCUAUAUAAAUUUUAAAUUUGAAUUAAAAUUAAAUUUUUGUUUGAAAACAGUUAUGCAAAUUGAAAAUCAAUGUUUGGGUUUAGGUAAACAAGCCAAGUACCAUCGGAAGUAGAGUGGAAAAUCGAGGGAUAUUGAGCGAAAAUCGCUUUAAUAUCGGUCAAGAAAUGGGGAGACAGGACAAUUACGUUGAGAAAAUUGAGGAAACCGUGGAAAGUAAGUUAUUGCCAUAAAAAUUUGUAUCUAUACUUCAAAAAAUUUUAAAAAAAUUAAAAUAUUUUUUUUUAAAUAUUAAUAAAUAUUUCAGACCUAGAGCUCCUACGCCGUUACAUAUACGACCCAGUGACUCGCACCUAUCGUAUUGAGUAUGCACAUGAAGUAAAAGUACACGAAAGCCGAAGGUCAAGUCAAGGUGGCAGUCUGCACAACUCGUUCUCUGAUUUGAGAAGAUUGAGUCCAAGUAAAGGUGACAUUACUAGGAAUGAAGGGGACUAUAGCAGGCCUAUUAAGGUAGGAUGUCACUUUGAUUCUUGACUUCAAAAUUUUAAAAAUUUGACAAUUUUGAGUUUAUUGCUAGAAAAUCUGUUUUAAAAAUUAAAUUUAUAUCUAAAAAUGUCAUCAUACAAAAAAUGUGGCCAAAAACCUUAAUUUAGGUACAAAAUUAAAAUUUUUUUUUAUUUUUAGAGAAACUCAAGUGCACCAAAUUUGGAAAAAGACGGCAAAGAGAAUUUAAAUUAUUCGCCCGAAGUUUUGAGAAAAUUGCUUGGAGAUGCUAUUAUGUAUGGUUCAGCUACACGUCCUGAACAGUAAGUUUUCUUUGCGUCUCAUCUUACUGUGUCUACUAAGCCUAAGCUUUUCUAUUACGUAGGGUCAGGCAAGGCUAGAAAGGCCGAGGAUCGACUUGGAUGGGGCUAAAAAGGUCAGGGUUAAGGUCGGGUAGGGCUGAAAAGGCUGACCUGUUAAGCCUAAUAAUCCUAAGCUUGAUAAAAAAAGCUUACCAAACUUAAGCAAACUUGGCCUAAGCCUAUCUAACAUACACUCGAUUAGAAAGAAGGAAAGACCUUUUUUGCGUAAUUUAUACAAUGUUAGAUAACGUGAUGCUUUAUUAAGAUAGCUUUAGGUAAAUUGCAAGGAAUCGUAUUACGCAACCUUUUCUUAUGUAAUAUUGUUCAUUUUUGUAAUAUUUGCCUCGAUGUAAAACGACCCAACAAAUUACCGCGAGUAUGACAAUCGUACUCUAUUUAACUUCGAGGCAAAGGUAGGGCAGGUUUGGUCAUAAAAUACUGCGAGUGCUGAGGUCAUUAUGAUUUUUCUGUACGGAACUGGUUUUAUGCGGUCGUACUUGCUUAUUAAGCCUAAGACUACUGAUGCUAAGCCUACGAAUUCUCAUCGUACUAAAAUUAAUACUACUAAGUCUACCAAGCCUAAGCCUACUAAGCCUAAGAGCCUAAUAAGUUUAGGCCCACUAAGCCUGAGCCUAUUAAGCCUAAGUAUACUAAGGCUAAGCUUACUAUACCUACCCAGUCAAAGCUUACUAAGCCUAAGCCUACCAAGAUUAAGCCUCCUAAGCCUACUAAGCCUAAGUUACUAAGGCUAAGCUUACUAAACUUAAGCCUACUAAGUCUAAGCCUACUUAACCUAUGUCUACUGACUGAGCCUAAGCCUAUGCCUACUAAGACUAACUUUACGAAAUCUGAACCUAGCUUAAACCUAAUUUAAAAAUUUUUAGAACCGACAUAUCGCCAGUACGAUCUCAAGUAGUACGAAAACCUUAUGAUCCAAGCGAAUUUGAGCACCAAUCUCGAGCACAACCAAGGAACAUUCCAAUUGGUCUUGGAGCUGGUCUUGAACCAGCACCAGUCAGCCAAACCUCGCCUGACCAUCCUGACCGGUCGGUGGAUAAAAACCGCGACGGAAUUUUUGAACGAAAUUCUUCUAGUCGACAGGUAGGCUAAGUUUUAAAAAUGGUUAGUAUCGUACUAAAAAUUUUGAAAAAAUUUUGAAAAAAUUUUGAAAAUGUACUAAAUUUAAAUUUUGAAAAAUUCGAAAUUACGUUUUUUAGUCUCUACACAACAGUCCAAUACGGCACGGUGGAGUACGACAUGCUAUAGUGAACAGAGAUCCUGAAGGUAGUACUCAUGAUUUAAGUCAGCCAGCUUCAAACUCAAACCGACCAGCUAUUCAACCGUUACCAAGGCAUAACAUUGGUCAAGGUAAUCAAUUUUUAAAAUUUUUAAAAAAUUUAAAAUAUUUUUGAAAAAUUUUUUUUUAGUGUCAUGGUGUAUAUGCCACUCUUAUAAUGUUUUACUAUUAACGAUAUUUUAAAAAUUUUUAUUUAAAACUAAAAUUCAGGCCAAUCUCUAUCUGCACCAACAACAACAUAUCCAGUCCAGCCACAAAACACAUUACCGUAUCAGCCGAAUACCGUAUCCAGAGUAGACGAAACGAAUCAGACUGACGUUGAUCCACGUUAUUCUGUACCACAAAGAUCAGUUGUGAUAACACAACAACGACGAGAACAAGGGCCAGGCUACUGGAUUGGACAAGGUGGUAGAGAAAUUGAAGAUACGACUAUUACCAGACGAUUUCCACAAGCUGGUACUGAUGGUAGAGGUUAUGGUGGUGGACCUGGUGGAAAGUUUGAUGGUCAGGGUGGUACUGGUAAUGUGCCAGUGGGUCAAGGUGGUGCUGGUAAUGUGCCAUUGGGCCAAGGCGGUACAGGUAAUUUGCCUAUAGGACAAGGUGGCAAUGUCAAUGGUACUCAAAACGGUGCUGGCGGAGUACCUAUAGGACAAGGCGCUCAUUCUCGAUCAUCGUCAAAUCAAAAUAACCAAAAUACCCGUCCAUCAGCUUACCCCCGAAAUCAAAAUCAACCCUACCCGUAUGACCUGACCGGUCGGACGGCUGGCUACCCAUUACAGCCAGGCCAACCUCAAGGUAACAUUCAACCUGGUCAAGGUCAAGAUCCUCGUUAUCAACAAGGCUUAGAAAAGAAUCCACAACAAUCAUAUGAUCCUAAUCGUGGACCAUAUGUACAGACUGAUGUUCAUGGUGUUAGGACAGAUUAUGUUGGACGAAGAGACGGCAGAUGGAUUGAGAAAAGGGGCUAUGAGAUCACGAGGGAGGACCUUGGCACACCUAAAGUACGGUAGCUUUGAUUUUUAGUACGGUAGGAAGGGGGGGGGGUUGCUAUCUGGAGGGUAAGCCUAUUAAGCUUAAGUUUGUUAGGCUUACUUUUUAUAUUUUUAAGCUUAAGUUUACUUAUCUCAAGCUGCAAGGCUUGGACUUAUUAAGUAUAGGCUUACUAAGCCUAUUAAACCUAAGUUUGCUAACCCUAAGCCUACUGAAACAAACUUGCUAAGUCCACCUUUACUAAGCCUAAGCUAUGAAGCCUAAGCUUUAUAAGCUUAAGCCUAAUUUGCUCAGUAGGUAUAAAAUAGUUAUUAAACUUUCAACUGUAUAAAAUACAGUAAUCUAAGAUUUUAAGGAUGUGGACCCUAGUCUGAACGAUCAACAACGUCUUCUGAAUCCAGAAGCCGGCAGACCACGUCGUCGGGCCAAAAAACGCAGUCCAUUAUAUAACUGUUGCUUCUACAUAGUGGCCCCACUCGUUGUAUUGGCGGUAGUAUCUACAGUGGUAAUAACGUUAAUCCUACUUGCUUGA